GAUUUUUAACGUUAUGGUUUUGACACCAGGUGUCGUGUAGACCAGGUUGGCCUACAUCACCGUGUACAUAAGGCUGCCCUUGAACUCUCAGUCCUCCUCCUCUCAUCUGCCAGAUGCAGGGAUUACUGUUAUGCGGCAUUAUUCCCAGGUUUGGUUGACUUAGCCUCUUGAGAGAGGCUGGGGUCCUCCAUUCCCCAGGGUGGGGGCGUCGCCCGGUGCAGCUAGACCUGCAAAGGCGAGGCUGUGUUUUCGAGGGAAUGACAAAAUGAGACCAGGUAGGACAAGCCCCGAAAGAGAUGCUAGCCUCCCACUUGGCAAGGUGGUGAAAGAGUCAAGCGGCAGGGGCGGAGCGCGGCUGCUCGCGGAAAGCCCUUUGGCCCUUUGCCUCUUCUCCACCAGCACCAGGGAGCGGGGGGCGGAGCCUGCGCCGGACGUGACGCCUAGGCGGCCAGCUGGGGCGAUGUCAUAAUGGGUGGGCCCAGGGCAACUGACUUGGGAGGUGUGGCUUCACUUCCAGCCAGUCUCCCUGGGACUCCGCGCGCGGUCAGGUCACCCAGCGCUUAGCGGCAGGCAGAUCUUUUGGGUGAGGGGACCCCUGACCCUGCCGGCGGGAUGUUCCGAGGGCUGAGUAGUUGGCUGGGCUUGAAGCAGCCCGAGGGGCCCCGGGCGAGGGAAGAGCCGCCCCGCGGGGACGAGCUGUCGGCGGGAGACGCGCCUCCCGAGGAGAGCCCGGAGCCGCCUGCGGAGCCCACCGAGGAGGUGGAGCAGCAGCCUGCAGAAGAACCAGAGCUCUCCCACCAGGACGCUGGACUCGGCACUCAAGAUGGUUUUGAACUGGAAGUCAAGAAUGACCUUGAUCCUCCCUCCCCUGCUUCCCAGUUGCCUCCUGUUUAUAGGGAUGUUGUGAGAAUAUAAACACCUGCUACAGCAAGAAAGUUUGGAGAACCUUCGGCUGGCUUCAAUAAUCAAAGAAUGAGAUUUUGGGAAGCUGGGCCCGAUGCAGAAGUAAACAAGCUAAUUGCAACAAAUAACCUAUUCUAAAUUCAGCAAUGUCUUUUUUUGUUUCUUGAGUCAGUGUUAUAUAGCCAAGGCUGACUUCAAACUCAUGUGGCUAAGGAUGUCCUUGAACCCUCUCUCUCCAACCUGUUUGGAUUCCUGGAGUUCACCACUACACACCCACUAAAUUUAUAAGAUUUUAAAGGUCAUCCAAGCAGAUUCCACAUGCCAAAGAGAAAAAGAAACAGAGUUCAAUAGGAAAGGCCCUAAUGUUCAAAAAGAUUGCCUAUGAGGUAAAGGGUUCUGGAAAAUAGGCACACUAUUAAUUUUUAACAGUACAGCAAUUCAGCCAAGACUCCCAAAGAGUGCACAUGGAAAUAAAUCUGUGAAUCUGCGAACUCACUUGAAAGAGAAUGAAUAUUUAUAGCAUAAAAAAUUGGGAAAGAGUGAACUGAAGUAUUCAAGGAAUGUGAGAAGACCGGAGUUUAUAGUUGGGACAGAUUAAUGUGGGAUAAAACUGAGGUUUGGUAGAACAGGCAUGUGUCCACAGUCUCUUGGGGUCUUAGGAAGUUCAGUAGUUCAAUGCCAAUUAAGAAGUUUGUUCCAUCAAAGAGAAAACCCAGCAUGAUGGUGGUGACACUCACCUUUAAUCCCAGCACUCAGGAGGCAAAGACUGACAUAUCUCUGAGGCCAGCCCUGGUCUAUCUGCACAGUGACUUCCAGAACAGCCAGGGCUAAACAAAACCCUGUUUUUUGUUAUUGUUUGUUUGUUUGUUUGUUUGUUUUAAAAGGCCGAGGCCAGCAAUCUUAGGUAUUCAAGAUGCUGAGGCAGGAGGAUCACUGGACCUAGACCAGCCUGAGCUACCAUGUGAGGUCAAGUAUGCCUUGACAACUUAGUGAGACCUUAUUAGUAAAAGCAAGAACUAAUCCCCCUGUCUGUGCCUCUCAAGUGCUAAGAUUGUGGGUAGGCACCAUCAUGCCUAGCUAAAAUUUCCCUGAAUCAUUUUUAGGACUGGGGACACAUGCUAAGCCCAUGAGCCAUUUAUCCUGCCAUCUUUCCUCAUAGGUUUCUCCAGUGUCUCCCUGUUGGUGGUGUUUUGUUUUUGCUUUUUCCUCCCCAGGUUGCCUUGAUGUUCAGGGAGGCUGAGUUUAGGUAGAUCCUCCCCACCAUUGCUUGGGAAUUUUAAAUUUUAGGAUAAAUGAAAGCUCUUGCUUCUAUAAUGUAAGUGACUUUAGGAAAAUGUGAAAGUUCUACUUCAUAUACAAAGUUUUUAAAAGCCAGAGAAAUUCUUAGAGAUAUUUUAUUUCUGUGUAUAUUAGUCCUAAAAAUAGUUUUUCUCUUAGAAGUUUGUGUGUGUGUGUGUGUGUGUGUGUACAUACUUUUCUUCAUUGGGUUGUGGGAUUUUUUUUUAAAUUUUUAUUUAAUUUCAAUUCAUGUUCUAUGUGAAGGUGUCAGAUCUCUUAGAAUUGGUGGUACAGUCAGUUGUGAGCUUCCAUGUCGUUGCUGGGAAUUGAACCCGGAUCCUUUGGAAGAGCAGACAGUGCUCUUACCCACUGAGCCAUCUCUCAUGCCCAGGUUGUGGGAUUUUAUUGUCUUUGUUUGUUUCUGGGUUUGUUUUUGUUUUUUUUUCUUAGUGUAUUCCAAGGCUAGUCUCAAAUGUCCUACCUUGCUGAGGCUGUCAUGAACUCCAACUUUACCUCCCAAGAAUAAUCACUGAGUAGUAAAUUUUGCUACACUAAGCUUGGCUCCUACCUGUAUUUUGAAAAUGACAUUGAUUAUCUCUGAGCCUGAUUCCCAGUAAGGAGUUUCUUUAGACCUUUGAAGUCUUCUGGAGUCCCCUGAGAGCUUUGUUAAACAAACAUGUGUUGAAUCCCUACCCUACCUGCAAGAUUGGAUCCUAAGUACUUGCUGUUUAGGAGUCACCUAUUUAGAUAUUUAAGCCACUUAUUGUUAACAUUACCAAUAGUGAACACCAAAUUUACAUUCUGUCCCAUCAUUUCAAGCAAACAUAUUGCUCCUUGCUCCUUCUUCCUGAUAAACAUGGGCCACAGGAAUUUCUGAGGGCUACACAGAGAAACCCUGUCUUCAGUAAGUAAGUAAGUAAGUAAGUAAGUAAGUAAGUAAGUAAGUAGAUAGAUAGAUAGAUAGGUAGGUAGGUAGAUAGAUGAUAGAUAGAUAAAAUGUUCUUAGAACUGAUUAUAUUAUAUUAUAAAUUAUUAUUUUAUUAUCUGAGCAAGUGAAGUGGCUCAUAGAGUACCAAUGUUUGCCAUCAACCCCCAACCCCUGACACACACAUAUAUACAAUGAAGUUUUUAUUUAAAAGUGAGAGGACGGGAGUGGUGGCUCAGCAGUGAAGGGUGCUCACUCCUCUUUGCCAACACUCUCACAUCAGGUGCCUCACAACCCCCUAUAAUGCCAGAUCCAGGAGAUCCCAUGUGCUUUGACUUCUGAGUUUAUCUGUGUGCAUGUGGUUCACAUAAAGUCCUGUAGGCACACAUAUACACAUAAAAAUAAGUGAAUCUUUUUAAAGUGUUAAAGCCGUGUAUACGUAAAUAUUAAUGUUUAAUUCUUUGUUGUGUAUGUUAAGCAGGUGACUUUUAAGGUAUUUGAAUUAUAUUUCAAUAAACCUGUUAGGAGUUGGGAAUAGUUUGGGCUUGUGAAUUUGAAGUCCAGGAUCUGAAUAAAAUGUAAAUAUAGGUUAGUAAUGAGAACUGAACGACAGGGAAUUCAGAAUUAUAAUCAGUUCCUCUCUUUAUUUGCAAAGAUCCCUGGUACACUCAAAAUGGUAGGGGAAGUUCAGUACUAGCAGAGCUACAUAGUGAGAGACGCUGAUUCACAAACAAACAAGCAAAAAGAGUAGACUUAAACCUAAAAUCAGGCACACAGGUCACAGUGGUGCAUGCCUGUAAUCCCAGCACUCAGAGAAUCAGAAGCAGGGGGAAUCUCUGUGAGUUUGAGUCCAUCCUGAUCUACAGAGCAAGUCUAGAAAUGCCAAGGCUACACAGAGAAACCGUGUCUCACUAAAUAAAUAAAUAAAUAAAUACAAAGAGAAAAAUACUCAGUCAUCAUCAACAAUUACCAACCCAAGGACAGGCUUGUUUAUCUAUAUUCACAACAGUUUUUCCACUUAUGGUAUCAGUCUUUUAUUUCUAUGUUUAUGUGUGUGUUGCCUGCCUUUUUUGUACUAUAUACCUGCUUGGUACCUGUGAGGCCAGAAGAGGGUGGAAGAUCCCCUGUGACUGAAAGGUCAGGUAGUCAUGAGCUACCCUUGUGAUGCUGGCAAUUGAACCUUGGUGAGCACCCAAUGUUUUUUUG